AUGAUCGACCACCUCUCGCUCUACUGCCUGCAUCCGUACGAGUACCUCCCGGCUUCCCUCUCCAACCUCGCGCACCUGCGCACCCUCGGGCUCACCCACAGCUCGCCUCUCGAAACUCCGAGAUUCACGAGACUGAUGUCCCUCACCGCUCUCGCCGCCGACAUUCCCGAGUACGAAGAUAUGAAUCUCGCGAGGCUUGCUCAUCUCCCGGCCUUCGCCACCCUCUCCUUGUCUAACAAGUUGUGGCUCCGACAAGGAGGCGUCGGCGCUCACCCUUUCUCGCUCGCGCACCUGCCGUCGCUGAAAGCGCUCGAGUUCGAACCCUGCAGCCCACCAUUCGACCUUCUGUUCCCGCCAGAGUCCUCCUUCAGCAAUCUCGAGCGACUCCUCCUGAAAGGCUGCGAAGGGCUGGAGCAUCUUCCUGACGACAUGGGAGAGCGGUUGCCACGCCUUCGGGACCUGAGCAUCUGCGACUGCAAGAAGCUCUCCCACCUGCCCGAGCAAUUCACCGCCCUCAGCUGCCUGGAGCAGCUCGCCAUCUCCUCUUGCAGCAUCGUUAGACUGCCCGAGAAUUUCGGAAUGCUGCCUGCCUUGAAGAAAUUGUCGCUGCUGGACCUGCAGAUUGCGCGUCUCCCCGAGUCCUUCCACCAGCUCGCCUUCCUGGAGGCUUUCCAUCUGUCCCACUGCACUGCCCAUUUCAGAUUCCCUGCAGCAUUCGGCGAUCUCACAGCCCUCCGAUCCCUCUACAUUCCCAUAGCACCGAACCUGAUUCUCCCAGACGACAUCGGCGGGCUCACCAACCUUCACACGCUCCAUUUCAGCAGAAAUUACCCGCAGGAGCUGCUGCCAUCCUCCUUCAUGCAGCUGACUUCCCUUACCAGGCUGGAGCUGGUCGACUGUGCGAUAGUCCAGCUGCCAGGGGACACGGGGAGGCUGAGCAACCUGAGGGAGUUGACCAUCCAGCUGUUCACGAGCAUCACAGAGAUCCCAGACUCCCUCACUGACCUCGUCAACCUUGAGGUUCUCAAAGUCCUCGGCUGCCGCAGCGUCUCCUCCUUUCCCACCACCUUGAGCAGCCUGGCACGGCUCAAGGAGCUGGCUCUCGCCAAGCUCCCCCAGCUGCCGCAGCUGUUGCCAUCUCUGCCCCGUUCCCUUGAAAUUCUCUCCUUGGGGACCUACCAGCGGCUCACGCCUUUUCUGGAAAUCCCUGCUCUGCCUAAUUUGAGGAGGUUGAGCCUGAUCAGCGUUGCCUUCAUGCGGGGGAUGGUGGCUGGCAUGGCGUUGCCUGCAGUGGAGCACGUGGAGCUGUCGCUGGUGGGCGAGGCAGAGGAUCUCCCGCUGCCGCUUGACCUUGUCCCCAACCUCCGCAGCCUCAAAAUCGCAAGUGCUGGGCGCCUCAAAAGCUUCCCGAAGAAGCCUGUUCCAUUCAAUAUAAUCUUCCAGCUCAUGGAUCGUCUGGAAAUAAGGCUGUGA